AUGGAGAACCAAACACUAACUACAAUUCCAAGGGAUACAUUUGCAAAGGAGAAGUUACAAAUCCAAGCCAUUUCCUUUGAUUUUCUCAGCAGUGAGAGUCGCUCAUCAGAAGAAGAAAGUGACUCUAACAGUGAGGAAGAGAAGAAAAUCUAUGACUCAGAAAGUAAUGAAUCAGACUAUCUGUCAGAUGAAGAAAAGCAGCCUGAGCCCGAUCAUGAAGAUAAAAGCGCAGAGAUAUAAUGGUCAGUUUGAAGGAAAGAAACAACUUCAAAAGGAGAGAAGCCAAUGCCCAAGUUUCCGAAGUCAAGACUUUCCGCAACGUUGCCAGGUUCAUACGGAAUCUGAAAGAAGCCUAUUCCAAAGCCAAGUACAGAAACUUCAUUGUCAAGGAAAUGAAGGACACCGAAAUCACUUACAUUGAGCAGCUUCUCAGAAUGAUUGGAAUCAAAGAAGCAUUUGUCAAAGAAAUUGGAGAACACUCAGACAAGAAAGACAAAGACUUCAGCAGCAAGUUAAAGAUCAGCAAACAAGAUGUUGAGGAUUUGUUUCCAAAUGUAAAAGAACUCUUGAGUUAUCAUUACAAGAUUCUAGACAAACUGACCAGAUGGACUCCCAAGAAUGACACUCUUGCAGACAUCUUCUGGUCAAUACAAGACUGUCGUGAGUCCUAUCUCGAGUACUGUGGAAAUCAUAGUACAGCAUACUCGAAGCUGACCAAAGAGUUUCUGAAAGGAAACAAGAAGUUUGCUAAGUUCUGCGCCAAACUGUGAAAAGACUUCCAUUGAGUCAGCUUCGACUCGUUCAUGAUAUCUCCAGUGCAGAGGAUUCCCAGGUACUUGCUCUACAUCAAAGAUUUGCUGAAACACACGUUCACAGGUAGCAGAAUGUUCUUGAUCUACACUGAGUGUUUGAACAAUGUUAAAUAAACUUCUUGACGGAAUCAACCAGGGUAUGAAAGAGUACGAGCGAUAUAUCAGACCCACUCCGAAGCUUGACAAGCUUCCUGAAGAACUCAAGCUGAGUGAAAGAAAUUGCGUUGCCGAGUACGACAUGCACUUGAUCAGCGGAGAACUGCAGCCUAACAAUAAGACCAAGUUCAAAGUGCUGCUAUUUACCGACUUGCUACUGGUAUUGAAGAAAUAAGCAUUAUGGAUACAAAUAUUGGAGUUCUAUGGAAAUCAACUCAGCCUGAAGGAUCCUCCAUUUGACCCACAUGAAGUACUACUCGGGAACCAUCAAAGUCACUAGCAAAGAUAAGUGUUUGAUUCUCCGACCAGACGCCAAAGGCCAAGAAGUCACCAAAAGCAAAGAGUUCGUCCAAGACCUGUCCGACUGCAUUCUUGAGUCAUUUACUGUUGAUGAUGCUUCUGGUCUAAUCAACUACACUCGAGGGCCUGAAGAUUACUACAUAAAGUGUGACGUGAUUGAUGUGGAGUGGCAGGGUAAGUCCUGUGUAUAUGCCAUACGAGUCAAGGGUCCGUGCUCUUCGUUCUGUCACAUCAUUUAUAAAACAUUCUCCGAAAUCAUGAAGAUCUACGAGAAGUUAGCAGCUCAAGAAGAGUUGAAGCAGUCAUUGCCUGUGUUUCCAAAGAAAAAGUUCUUUCUGAGUGGGUCUACCAUGAAAAUCGAAUACAGGCGGCUUGCACUUGACUAUUUCCUGCAAAACCUGUUUCUGAUUCCUCAGUUCAAAGACUGUCAACUGGCAUCGGUUUUCAGGAUCAAUUCUGGAACUCGGACUGAACCCAAAAUGUUUUCGAUUGACAGAAUCAAACAAAAAUUGGAUAUCACGUUGCUAAACAAACAGACAAUGCAAGUGGAAGUUGGCAAGAGCACCGAAGCCCUCGAAGUCUGCACUUCUCUGUGUGACCAACUCAAAAUCAACUAUGUCAAAGACAAGCGGCUCUUUUUGUUCCAAAACUGCAGGAUGGUCAAAGUCUUCGAAGACACAGAGUCAAUUCUGGGUGUCCUCGGAAGAUUCAAAAGCACAAAUAAAAUUGCCAAGCUUUCGGUGACCAAGAUUAAGAAGGAGUCCAGCGAGAACUCUGCUUUGGGAAAGUAUCUCAACUUGCCUGAGGAUUCGCUAAGAAUAGUAUUCAUGAAGUGGAAUUACCUUCCUUACGAUUUUACUUUUAAAGAAGAUGAAUCUGUUGACUGACUCAACUUCAGAGCCAUCCAGAUCAUUGCAGAGUUCCAGACCAGGAGAUGCUCUAUGCCUAGUCGAUUAAAGUGCCAAUUUAUUGGAAUGUGGUGAUCACUCAACCACCAAGAAGCCCUAAAAAUAUGAGGAAUAGAUUCUGAAAAUAUGGACAAGACAGAAAUUAAAGCCAAAAUUCUUGACAACACUAGCGUCUGUAGCAUUUCCAAACUUCUUGGCAAGGAUCUUGAAGAUGCUACCCAACAAGACAUCAAGUUGAUCAAUGAAGUAUGGGUGAAUGCCAAGUACACGAUGCAUUCCAAGCAGAGGUUCAUGGAGCUCAUCAGGCUGUCAACUAAACUCCCUCUGUACGGAAAAGCUUUGUUCUGGGGAGAAGUGUACAAAUUAAAAUAAAGCUAAAGUCCCAAAUAUUCAAAAGCACAUUUGGAUUUCUGUAGGAAUUGACACCUUAUCAUUAGUCACUUCAAAAGAGAAAGAUGUUAUAAUUUCCUAUAAACUAGAUUCAGUGGAGUUGGCAUAUUACCCAAAUGCUUUAGUGAUAAAUCCUAGUACAACAAAUUUGAGGAUAACGGUCGAAAAUAGUUUCUCAAUCGAGAAACUAGUGAAGGAGUAUCAAGAGAACCUAGGAAUGAAGGUAUAUUAA